GAGCACUUCUGGAGCUUGGACAAGACAGAAAACAAGAUCCCGCCACAGCUUAUCCUCCAGAUCUGGGACAAUGACAAGUUCUCUUUUGAUGACUAUUUGGGCUCCAUUCAGAUGGAUCUCAACAGGAUGCCCAAACCUGCCAAGACUGCUGAGAAGUGCUCCUUGGAGCUAGUAGAUGACACCUGGUCUUUAAGCCACUUUGUGUCACUCUUUGAGCAGAAAACAGUCAAGGGAUGGUGGCCCUGUGUUGCUGAGCAGGAUCAGAAGAAGAUCCUGGCGGGCAAAUUGGAAAUGACUUUGGAAAUUGUGGCCGAGCAAGAGCACGAGGAGCGGCCGGCUGGGAUGGGUCGGGAUGAGCCAAAUAUGAACCCCAAGCUGGAGGACCCCAAGCGCCCGGAAACCUCCUUCCUCUGGUUCACCUCCCCAUACAAGACCCUGAAGUACAUCCUGUGGCGGCGGUACAAGUGGGUGGUUAUCCUGGCCAUUGUGCUCUUCAUCUUGCUGCUCUUCCUGGGAAUCUUCAUCUACGCCUUCCCGGUAAGACGGGUGUGGGAGAAGAACGAGGUUGGCUCUGUGGUGACAGAGAUGGUCCCAGUGCAGGUGGCUGCGAAGUGCCACGGUGGUCCCUGA